GAACAUUAAUUUAAACUAAAAUCACAUCUUUUUAAUCAAAAUGAAGCUGCAGAACAAACAGCAGAGAGAGAGAGAGAGAGAUGAUCAGCAUGUGACAGAACAUGAGCCUCUCUCUCUCUCUCUCUCUCUCUCUCUCUCUCUCUCUAGUGACUCUGGUUCUAUAUUUAACCUGCAGGCCGACUGCCGCUCACACAUACUCGACAUAAACGAGUCCGCCGUGAGACGACGAGCAGGAUGGAGGGGGAGGCUCCGCCCCGCCGCUCUGUGGCUGAACUUGCAGGAAGAUUCAAGUGCUCGGCUCCACCACACGAUGCUGCCGGGAACGAUACGGAGAAGCCGGUCAGGCGACGCCCUCCUCGCUCCUUACAGCUCCCCAAAACACAUGGAGAUGACCAGGAGCAGCCUCCAGGUGUCACCUCUCCUCUACCUACCAAAGCCAAGAGGAACUCUGCUCUGAUUGAGAAGCUCCAGGCCAACCUCGCUCUCUCCCCCUCGGCCAUGUUGCCCUCACCAAAGAGCCCCGGCUUCAGGCUACUGCCCCCCGCCUUCCCCCCGGCCUCAGCCCCGGUUACCACCUCUUCCACGACGACCCCCACCAGCCCCGUUAUCGUCUCUCCGUUAACUGAAGAGGAAGGCCCCGCCACCUUUGAAGCCCCUCCCACUGUGGCGGAGGGGUCCAUCCUGAUGAACAUCAACAAGAGCCGAGCCCGCCACUCCAUCCGGCGACGCCCUCCGUCCCGCCGCCACAGGACAUCCAGCAGUGGAGAUGAGGUCAGCGUCGCCAGCGAGGGCGGGGAUGUCUCUGUUAGCUCCCCGAGCGAACUAGAAGACAAAACAAUAGGAGAAGAAGGAAAAGGAGGAGAAGAAGAGAAAGGAGGAGGAGGAGGAGGAGGAGGAGAGGUUUUCACACAGGAAGUUAAAAGAGACGAGGCGAAGGACGAAGAGAAAGACUCUUCAACGUGUCCUGAGAAAAACAAAUCCCAAGAAGAAGAUCAGUCAAAGACCAACCCCGGAGAUGAAGACGAGGAGAAGAAGGUGGGAGAGAACGGAUCCAUGGAAGAAGAGAAGGGAGACGGUUCUUCAUCGGGAAAGAAGGAGGAAGCUCAAGAGAAAAUCUCUGGAGACAACCAGGAAGAAGAUUCAGCUGCAGGAGCGAUCAACACAGAUCGCAAAGAAGAAGAAACAGUCCAGAAGUGGACUGUUGGUGGCUUGUUAGCAGCUUGCUAUCGGACUGUUGGUGGCUUGUUAGCAGCUUGCUAUCGGACUGUUGGUGGCUUGUUAGCAGCUUGCUAUCGGACUGUUGGUGGCUUGUUAGCAGCUUGCUAUCGGACUGUUGGUGGCUUGUCAGCAGCUUGCUAUCGGACUGUUGGUGGCUUGUUAGCAGCUUGCUAGUGGAUUGUUGGCAGCUGUUGGUGGCUUGUUAGUAGCUUGCUAUCGGACUGUUGGUGGUUUGUAGGUGGCUUGCAAGUGGACUGUUGGCAGCUGUUGGUGGCUUGUUAGUAGCUUGCUAUUGGACUGUUGGUGGUUUGUAGGUGGCUUGCAAGUGGACUGUUGGCAGCUGUUGGUGGCUUGUUAGUAGCUUGCUAGUGGACUGUUGGUGGCUUGUUAACAGCUUGCUAGUGAACUGUUGGUGGCUUGUUAGCAGCUUGCUAGUGGACUGUUGGCAGCUGUUGGUGGCUUGCUAAUGGACUGCUGGUGGCUUGUUAGCAGCUUGCUAGUGGACUGUUGGUAGCCUGUUGGUGGUUUAUUGGCGAAAUUGUUAACAGCUUGCUAGUGAACUGUUGGUGGCUUGUUAGCAGCUUGCUAGUGGACUGUUGGUGGCUUGUUAGCAGCU